AUGGCAGGUAUGGUGGUCUGCCUCUACGUGACGGCUGCCACCACCGCGGUCUUCAUGCAGUCGGCAAAUACAGUGGCCUCCACGGCAGCCAUUGCCUUUAUCUACAUUUUUGGAUUGGUUUUUGCGUUCGCAUUUACCUCUAUGCAGCCUAUUUACCCCGGCGAAUUCUUGUCUAACGACAUGCAAGCCAAGGGCAUAGGAACCUUCAAAUUAACAGACGGUGUGGCAGGUUUCGUGAAUAUUUCUGCUGCUCCGUAUUAG